GGUCGCAUGUGCACGCCGGUUGUUUGUGUGUUUUUUUUUACGUGCGCGUUGUUAUUGUUGUUAACCAUUGCUGAUUUUCGUUUGUUUUGUUUUGUGGCAUAAAUGCAUAUAUCAAUUUUAUGAUAUGAAUAAAAAGCAGAUUUAGAACAAAAAGUGUUUACAGUUAUACAAACACACGCACGCACGCAUAGGCACAGUGACGCAUGCGCGACUUCUGUGGUGCAAUUUACAAGUUUUGUCGUCGUUGUUGUUGUUGUGAUUGCAGGUGGCAAGCAGCUUUGAGCUUGCCGCGCGCGCGCGUUGCAAAUCGUUAAAAAAAAGUUUCCACGUUAAAAUAGUAAUAAAUUUUGUGAGUGUUAAUAUUUUCAAUACACAUUGCUGUGCACAAGCCAAACUGUAAGGAUUAAACAAGUCAUUUAUUGUUAUUGAGUUUUGCUGUCUGGACUGACUUUUGCAUAGAAGCCGUAAUUAACUGGCAGCACACCCACCAGCCACCACCCACCACCCACUCAGGCGCCCGCUAUACAGCCAAGCGGAAACGGAAACGCUAAAACUGCAAGCGACAAUUGUGGAAAAACUAAAUAAACUUUUUGUCAUUGUCUCUUUGGCAUUGGGGGCAACAUUUUAAUUGAAAAAGUUUUUGCUGCAAAGCAGAGAGCGAGAGACAAAUAUGACUAUCAAAUUGACCAAGUUAUUUGGCAGAGGCAGCAACAGCAAUGCUGGCAGCAACAGCAACGCUGGCAGCAGCAGCAAUCACCAACAGUCGCCAGCGCCGCCGCUGCCACCGCCCAAUGCCAAUAUGAAGCUCAUCAAGUACUACGAUCAGCAGCAGCAGCAGCAGCAGCAACACAAGCAGCAGCAGCAGCAACAUGCGCUGCCCAAGACUAUCUAUGGACAUACCUAUGCCUGCCAUGAGCUGGAUAUGGACGCAGACUAUGAUGAUGAAGAUGAGGACAAUAUGCUGCAACGUCAUCAUCCCUACAACAAUUCACAGCGCCCAUUGCUAGCCGAGCGGCGUCCAGCUUUGUUGCAUCAACAGCAGCAGCAGCAGCAGCAGCAAAAGAAAAAAAGCAACAAUAUGCCGCUGCUGCCACCGCCAUUGCCGCCACAACGCCAGACGACAUUGCAACAGCAGCAGCAGCAGCAGCAACAGCAGCAGCAAGUUUAUAUCUCACCGUAUGUGCAGCAACAGAAACGCGACAGUGUUAAAGGUCUGCAUGGCUUCAACGACUUUGAUGCACUCAGCCAACAAUACAAUCAACAUUUGCAAAGUCCACACAUUGGCUACCCGUACGGCAGUCCCCCCUCGCCCACCGCCCAAUCGACAGACUUUUGCUUCGAGCGACAGACGAGCAGCUCAACGGCCACAACCAAAUCGAAUUGCAGCAAUAGCAGCUAUGCUGAUGUGGCUUACUAUGCGCAACAGCAGCAACACCCACAACAGCAACAGUUGCUGGCAGCAUUCGAGGAUGACUUCUGUGCGACGCAGCAACGUGCAACAGCCGCGACAACAACUGCCACAGGUCCGUUUAUAUUUGGCAUUUCACCUGACCAACAGCAUACAGAUUAUGGUCGCAAUAGCCAAAGCGAUAGCAACAGCAACAACAGCAGCAGCAGCAACAAUAAUCAUCUACACUCUGUGAUAAAUGCCACGCCCAACAACAAACAACAACAGCAACAUGCUGCGCUGCAACAAUCGCUGAGCGACACAAGUGCGGACAGUGGCAAAGGUGCAAAGUUUUUAUUGCGAAAACGCAAAUCGAAGAAGACAACAGCAGCAGCAGCAGCAGCAGCAGCAGCUGGAGCAGCCACAACAACAAAGCGAACAGCUCAGCAAGAAGAGCAGAUUAAACAUCCUUCGAUUAAAUGCGUGCUCGUUGGCGAUGGCGCUGUGGGCAAAACCAAUUUGAUCUUGUCAUAUCUCGAGAAUCGUUUCAAUCCGGAGCAUGUGCCGACGGCAUCAGAUAUUUAUAACGCUGAUGUGAAUGUAAACGAGAGUCCUGUGCAUUUGAUACUCUGUGAUACGGCCGGCCAGGAUACGCUGGAUCCUUUGCGCGAGCUCUGCUAUCCCGACAGCGAUGUCUUCAUUCUUUGCUUCUCCGUUGUCAAGCCGGACACAUUCGCUGCCAUCAAAUCCAAGUGGGCACCCAAAUUCGCCAAGACCAGGGCUGCACUAAUACUCGUCGGCACGCAGGCCGAUCUGCGCGGCAAUCUGAAUGUCCUCAACAAAUUGCAGACAAAUGGCGAGAAGUCAGUUUCGUAUGCAGACGCCUGGGAUUUGGCAACGACCAUAGGCGCCAAAUACAUUGAGACUUCGUCAGCUACACAGGACAAAGUCAAGGAGGUAUUUGAUACCGCCAUCUGGGAAGGUCUAGUGCCCACAACUUUGCCGCCCACGCCCUCAUUCUGGCGCAAACUCUUUUGUUUAGCUUAAAGGAAAAAAGAAAACAAAAAGUAUUUAAACUCGAAGAUAUCAAAAAA